UAUUGUGUUUAUAAUUAUUUUUUCAGGAGUUGGAAAAUCAUGCCUUUUGCUGCAGUUCACUGACAAAAGGUUUCAACCCGUCCAUGACUUGACCAUUGGAGUUGAGUUUGGUGCCCGAAUGAUAACUAUUGACAGCAAGCAGAUCAAAUUACAGAUCUGGGAUACAGCUGGACAAGAAGCCUUCAGGUCAAUCACUCGCUCAUACUACCGUGGUGCGGCUGGGGCCCUCCUUGUUUAUGACAUCACUCGGCGCGAUACUUUCAAUCACCUCACCCAGUGGCUGGAAGAUGCUCGCCAACACUCUAACUCCAAUAUGGUCAUCAUGCUCAUUGGCAACAAGAGUGACCUGGACUCGCGUCGUGAAGUGAAACGUGAGGAGGGCGAGGCGUUCGCUCGCGAGCACGGCCUGGUCUUCAUGGAGACCUCGGCCAAGACGGCCGCCAAUGUCGAAGAGGCCUUUAUCGACACCGCCAGAGAGAUCUACAUCAAGAUCCAAGAAGGAGUUUUUGAUGUCCACAAUGAGGCAAAUGGCAUCAAGAUUGGUCCCCAGCACUCCCCUAGCGGCUCUGGCAUCAACGGUCCUCAGGCAGCCAGCGGUCAGGGCUCAACCUGCUGCUAAGCGCCAGUGCAGUGCGGGACGUCUCGCCAGCAGGACGUGUGUAGCUUAUCUCCUGCGCCUCACCGUACCGUUUACAUGUCGUGUGUAGUCAAGUUUUUAGCCUUCACAAAAUUAUCGGCCAUUUAGAAAUUUUUCUUGACGUAGAAUGACGAAUUUCGUUAUGCCUUUCCGAUCUAUCUAGGCCUGAUUGGAAUAUGAUAUUUAGUGCUUAUUGCAAUAAGAACAAAAUCUCAUAGUUGUGAAAAGAAGGGCAUGAGUAUUUUUCCCAAUGCUAUUCUUAACUUGAUAAAUAUAUUUUUAGAAUUAUUUCGUCAAUUAAUUCAAAGUGAUCAAAGAACCCAAGACUAUUUUGAUGAGACGCUGAACUAUGUUUCUCAGCCGGUUCAUUUCUGUUUUGGUGCUUAGAAUUCUUUAGAAUUAUACAAAUUCUGUUUUUUCCAUGAUAUUUUCAAGGCACAUUGAAAGUAGUUUUCGUCAGAAAAUCAACGCAAUGACGAGUUGUGUGCGCUGGUAGUGGCCGCUGUGUCUAGAAUUUAUUUUUUGCUCCUGGGUACCAUAAUGCAGAAAUUUUCCUGAAAAAUCUAACUGGUUAGCCACCGCAGUUAUUUUUCUGUAACUAGGUUUGAGAGGUAUUGAUUAUUUCUUAGCAAAGGUAGUCUCUUGCUCUCUCCCUAGUCUAACCUUGGAGUUUUGGACAAAUUUGGCACCGAAAGCUCAUGCCACCUAAGAGAGUUAUCUUGGGAAUUUUUUCUUAGCCUUAUUUGUUCAGUACCUGAAAUAGUAGCACGUUCCGUGGUGGAAUUUCAGCCAAAAUAUCGUUGUUAAGUGUGAAAAACUUCCAAAUUGAACCAUUUUGUAAUCAGUGAUGCGCACUCGAUCAGUGUAAUCAUUUUGUAAUCAGUGAUGCGCAGUGAUGCGCACUCGAAAUUUUUCAGACUCUAGAUGCUGUUGAAGCUGUUGCUGUGUUCCUUCUAUUCAAUCAUUCGCGUAAGGAAGGCUCGAGGCAUUAGAUAAUUUAAAUAUAAAAUGCGUGGAACGAGCGGCAGCAUUUGUGGCUUGAUAUGGUGGCAAGCUAGUUCGUUUUUUGGUUACCUCCUCAUACUUUGAAUGAGUUGCGACUUGUGUACCAUGUUCAACUAUUAUGGAUACUUCAUUGCAUGCUAUUAAAUUGAAUCCUCGCCUAAAGCCAUCUAGGAAACUGUUGUUAGCCACUGUUGGUUGCUGUGUCUAGCUCUCCUUGCAGCCACUUUAUCAACUAAUUAUUCAUGAUUUUGGUUCACAUGUUCAAGCGUCACGAAAAUAAUUUGGCUUUCCUUCUUGUUUCUCUUGUCGCCGCUAUUCUAAGCAAUUUACCAGCAGGACAUUAUUGCUAUUGUUUUCAGCAUUCACCCAGCCUGAAAUCGAUCUAUAUUUGCUGCCAGCUCACUGUUCUACUCAUUUAUUAUCAUGGCAUGGGUAACGAUUAAACAUAUGAUUGAAUCAUUUUUUUAAUUCAGAUUAAUUGCACCUCGAAUAAGCUUAAGAUGCAUCAAUUUCAGAUGGGUUCGACUCCUUGCACCUCGCUUUUGUUUUCAGCGUCACUACGGUUGUGUAUUAUCCGUGUAUCUUAUUUCCCAGAGUUUAUUACAAUCGUAAGAUGGUAGGUUCUGAGUUGAAUGCGGUACGACAUUCAUUGUGUUUUCUGUACUUUUGUCAUGAUUGUUUCUUGAAACGAUUGUUAUUCAUGAAAAUAGUUUCGUUGUUUCUACACUUACAGAAAGCUCUUGUUAAAAUGGAAGACUUCAGUCAUCUUCAUUCAAAUUUAACUUUGUUGAAUUCUUGAAUUCAACUAAGAAUUCUUUGCACAGUUUUACACCAGACAUUAGAAAAGUUUUGUUUAGCCUUCUAUUCAGCGCUCGUACAUGGAUGCUCGCCUCGCACAUUCAUCCAGUGGGUUUUUAUAAUGGUAGCUAUUUUGUUUUCAUUUGAAUGCAAAUUCGCACUUGUACCCACAAAUGAAUCUACCUGAAAAUUCCAGCGUCUUCAAGCCGCAAAUUUCACCGCUAAAAAUGGACUGCCUACAAAUUUCUUUAUGUAUAUCAGAGGAACGAAACCUGGGCCUGGAUUAAAAAGAUCCUCUUUGGGUUCCUGCUGUUUGUGUGUAUAGCUUGCUUGUGUUGUCCGCUCGCUGCUCUAGGUAAUAUAUUGUACGGUUUCUGUCACGUUAGUACUGUGAACCAAAUUCUCCCUGUGUUAACUAACCCAUCUUAUUUUCUAGUACCGCAAUCAGAACGCCUGAAAACAUUAAAUAUACCUAUGUUUUUUUAACAAUUUCCUAUAGAUUAGAGAAUUUAAACCUUUCCAGUUCUCUGAAAUUAGCUUUUUAGUCGGAAAUACGCCUGUGGUGUAUCAGUAUUAUGGUCAAUAUGUCAACCUUAAACGAGAGUUUUACGAUACCGUAUAGCAAUUUUUGUUCAUAAGUUACUCUAAGUUAGCAGAGCAUAGAAGCAUUGAUAAACUGCGAGUACAGCUUGAGGUAACCACAGAUUGCGGACGACGUGUGAUCUGCCUCGAGGUAUAUUGAUCCAAGUCAUGUUCCAUUACUACUAUACUGAGCCCUCACAUUUUGGAGCCAAUCGAACGCUUUUCUAGUUAUCUGUUUUCAUUCAACUUCAAUUUGAGUCUGUAAUUGAAUCAGUAUCUAGGAAGUGAUUUGCGGUCUUGUCUUGUCUACUGCACACUAACGUCUUAGUCUUGUGUCACCCCUGUCCAAAACGGGUUAGUGACGCGCCAGUCACCUUUCCUUCCAUCGACAGGAUGUAGUGCAGGACUUACAAUUGUCUAUUAACAUUAAUCUGCUGAUCUGACCACCAAGCUUGCCCAUUGUUUAAUAAGUAGCUAUCAUAUCGUGUGCCUAGAUCGCAUCGUUUUCACGUGUGCGGCCGGCAGCAAGAGCCCUGCGUAGCAGUUGUCAUCGUAUUUGGGUCCGCGACACCUACAGUUUUUUUUCAUUAUUAUUUACCUUUCAAGUACGAAGAUGAAAAAAUUUAUGUUCUUUCGUUUCAACUGAAACCUGUGAUUUUUUCCUCUAAUAUUAUUUUGUAUUGAAUUAUUGAAAGAGAAUUGUUAAUGCUGUACUUUAAGCUCAAGCACCCGAUCCCUGAAGCAGUUUCUUGUUUCAAUGUUUUGCCUGAGCUCUUGCAAAUUUUGUUUGUUGGUUCUCGGUCGGUUUGAUUAUUAAUUUUUGCGCUUGCUUAACUUCUCCUGAAUAAAUAUCAUUUACGAACUAAUUCUUUUCCAUGAGAAACCUAAACCCUGUCGAGAUUCUAUGAACAAGAAAGAUUGAAUGGUGGAACUUUACUUUGUAUUGAUUUGUGUUGAUUUAUGCCUAUUUUUCCGUUUAUUAUAUAAAGCUAUAUCUUCUCUUAAUAUAUAUAAAUGAAUAAUUAUAUAAUAGCCGGUGUAUUCGUUUCAUAAUGAAUACGAAUGGAUGGACAUAUGGUAGAAUUACAUCAUCCAUUCUGAACGUGUGUGAUGAUAUUAGUUUCAACGCAUGAUUCAUGUUUGCCCUCGUGAGAGGAGUAGUACAUAAGUGUCCAUUGAUGUGAACUUCUUUAUUUCUAGGGCACCAUCACUCUCUAUAUACACAAUACCUCCCUGUAAUUAUGCGACAAGAGGCUCUGCAAACCGAAAUUUAUCUCUCAUUCUCUUCAUGAAUCUCUUGGUAUUGUUUGACAACUGAACGUAAUGGUGGCACUGCAAUGCACGCGCAGUUCUAAUUAACCUCUAUGAAUACUGGGACAUCCAUUCUGUUUGUGCCCAAAAUAACAUUCCAUGGAGUCACGUGCUGGGACGAUUUUAAGAGCACUUGGUGUAAAGUCAUUGUCCAUGGUGAUGGCUCCGGUAUAGAGUACUUUAUUCAAUGCAGAGUUUGUUUAAAUUAGCUUUUUUGUUCGUUAACUGAGCAGUGGAUGAAUUCUUUGCUGGCAGUCAAUUGGCAUCGUCGCUUUUGCAGCGCUUGCCAUGUGCUUUAUUCAUGUACUUUGAAUUUGGCUUCCCAUCUUAAUCGGUUUAUUGAUACGUUUGGAAAUGAAUGAGUGUGAAAAAUAUCCCUUUAAAUAUAGGCGCUGUUCCUAUA